GGUCAUGAUAUGGACAUGGAUUGCAAGUCAAGACGUCAUCGAGUCGAGCAGGCAUAUCGAAUCAAGGCAUUGAAGGCUUCAAAGAUAGAGUGAAUGCAGGAUAAAUGACUGAUGUGUUUGACGAUUUGCGGUGGUGGGGGUGUGCAUGGAAGAGUGGGCCCACCCCUAAUGUUAAUUUACAAGAUGGGCAUGAGCAAACAGAGAACAGGUUGGGAGGUAUGAGAAGGUUGCACCAUCCCCUCAGGCCAGGUCCGAAGCUUCUCUCUGAUCUACAAGCUCCUCGGAGUACAAGAGCAUCGGCUUGACAACAGGCGCGGCAUGUCGACUGGCUGUGCGACGUGAAUCCAGCUGGGCGCAUCCGAAACAAUCCAGUCCAUCUUUAAUCAGCCCCUGCAGUCCCAUGUCACAGGUACGAGCGAGGUAGCGCGUCGUCCUGUGCGUGCCAGCAGCCAAGUCGCCCUCCGCCCACCAACAUGCCGUCGGCACAGUUCCACCGUCCGUUCGAUGCUCGUCGCGACAAGAGGCCCUCGACUGCGGGCAAUGUCUCAAAGCAUGCGCCGUCCGAGCCUCCGGUCAUCUCGUCUCUGAUCGCGUCCCUCGACGAAAACAAAUCGCCCUUCACCCACGCUUCUUACGCCUACGUCUCGACCUCCGACCACUACGACAAUGACGGAUCCUUCUACAGCAGCCCUUCCCUCCGCCCACCACUGAAACACAGCCAAAGUUUUGGCAUGGACUACGGCGCCUACCGUCAGCCAAUCCAAGACCACGACUACGAUAGCGACGGCGCUGACUUUCCCGUCAUUCGUACCUCGAGGCGCCCCUCAGGAAAAUCUACACAUACUGCACCACCCUCGCCCGCCCUACACGGCUUACGAGAGAUCCUACGCUCAGCCUCAAAAACAUCUCUAUCCCUGAACGGUCCAGAAAGACUCAGUCGCAGCAACAGCAGGCUGAGCGUCGAGAGCUGGUCCAGGAAACAAUCUUCAUCUUCCCCUACAAAGCUAUCUUUGGACGCCCCCUCGCCCUCUGAGCGACUCGGCCGAAGACUUUCGCAUCGCCAGACCUCACGCGAAACUCUGAAAUCCUACAAAGACCCUCAGCAGUCAGCCGAUCAGGCUCUGUUGAGCCCGAAACUCGGCCUCGAAGCCAAGGAUCCAGCUAGAAAGAGUUCCAAGGGAAGAUUAUACUUGGAGGAUGUGCUUGAAGACAUGGCUACACCCAGCCCCAACAUCUCCAUGAACCGGCAACCAAACUCCAAUCCUCGUUCUUCGAGCAGUAGAGGUGCUUUACACAAGGCUCCAGCCGAAAGUUUGCCAGUCAGCACCUCUAGGAGCACCCUUCCAAAUCCUUCUCCUGGGCCUUCAAUGUCGACCAUCAUUCCUCCACGCUCUUCGUCCUUGAACAAGCUGUCUAGUCCUACGAAGCCUAAGGCUAAGAAGCUUAGCAAGAGCAAGCGUGCGUUGGCGGCUCUCAAGGAAGUCAAAGAGGAACGAGGUCCACGUCGCAGAUCGAAAGCUGACGCCCUCAAGGACAUGUUCGAAGGCCUGGACGAGGAAGACCAAACAGUAAGACGCAUCAGGCAACUCCGACAACAAAAACAAGAUCGUCUCCGCAUGGAAUCUGAGGCUCUGCAGACACUGAACGACAAAAGGUCCGUGCAUGACUCGGCAACUUCUUCCGCCUCGAGAUUGCCGGAUCAGCAGAAGCGUCCCGCCAAUAGAGGCGCCGCCAGAGUCCCUGAUUUGACAAAGGCUCACCGUAUGCUCGGCCUUGACGAACUAUCCUCAUCUUCUUCCGUGGUUCACUACAAAGACACUGCAACGGUUUCCCCUUUUGACAGCAACGUUCGCAGUCGACCUAGCGUUUCCCGUGACUCUCCCAACGUCUCUGCAAACUUGUCUUCUUUCCCUCCUGAUUCUCCUACCAUCGGUAAUGCCUUUUCCACCUCGACUGAUUAUUACCGUCCAUUCCAUACCCAGAUUGCCAAUGUUGCAGAGGAGCAACCAUAUGAUUCAUCUUCGGUUGGUAGACGCGCCGUUGCUAGGAAGUCGACUCACUCUCACCUUCUGAACGGUCUGGACAUUGAAGGCCUCGACAUGUCGCCACCUAGCACAUCACAUUCCAAUUCGACUAUUCAAUCACGACCAAAGUCAAGCCGCCGUAUAUCAUACGAUGCCAGAUUUCGUCGCAAGUCUAUGAGCGAUGCACGUGAGAACCGUCUGCUUGAAGACGAUAUCUUGCAUGAACGAAACAGCAACGUCUCUAUGGCAGUCAAUGCAUUUCUCAACAACCCACGAUUGAAUCAGAAGAUAGCGCAUCCGCAAACAGGCCGCAUCAUUUCCUUCUCCGAGGUUGGAGAUCCCAACGGUCACGCUGUGAUUGUCUGCGUAGGCAUGGGUCUUACAAGAUUUGUUAGCGUUUUCUAUGAUGAUCUAGCGUCGUCAUUGGGGCUUCGGUUGAUCACUCCGGAACGACCAGGAGUUGGCGCAAGUCAGGCCCAUCGUGAUAGGGAUCAUAUUGGGCCUUUGGCUUGGCCAGAUGAUGUAGUUACCAUAACUCAUCACCUCGGUAUCUCUGAAUUCAGCUUGAUUGCACAUUCCGCGGGUGCAAUCUAUGCUUUGGCGACCGCACUGAUUUUGCCUCAAUGUGUACGCGGAAAAGUACAGCUUCUUGCGCCAUGGAUCCCACCUUCUCAAUUCGAAAACAUCAGCCAGAAAGACAAAUCACCGGAUGAUGUACCCAUGGCCGCUUUGACACGAGGUCAACGCUUCCUUCGUGUUCUGCCUGUGCCAUUCUUGAAGGCUGCGAAUGGCAAUCUUUUCUCUCCAGCUUCUCUCAAACCAGCCAAUGGCAGAGGCAACGGCUCGCCCACCUCUGGCUCAGAGAGCCCUCGCGAUACUCCUCGCAGGAGAAAUUCGAAAAAGCGCCCGACUCCCUCACGACGGGAAAGCAUGAUACUCAUGGAUCAAGUAAUACCUGAAAGGCCUCGCGAUACAAUGUUCCCUCUGCCCGAGCUAUGCGAGGAUGAAAAGGGUGACAAGACCGUUCGUAAACCAUCAGAGGUUUCACUCAAACUCUCUGCGACAGCCUCGCCUAUGGAUCCCGGUCUUAUGUUUGCCGCCGAGGCAUUAAGCGCUGCUGAACAUGCAGCAAGAGAGCACCAAGCAGCUUAUUCCGCUCUCUUGACGGAACGAACGUGGACUCUAGCAACCCGCGAUGCAAACCCAGCAACCGAUCUGAUCGUCUGUCUCGAGCGACACCGAGACAUUGGGUUCCGUUAUGUGGACGUGCACAAAAAGGUUGUAAUCACACACGGGAGCGAAGACAAACGCGUGCCUGUAGAAAACAUUCGCUGGAUCGGUGACCAAAUGAACCGAUACAAUACGCUGCACUGGAGCUUACAGGACAAGGAUGCACAAGCGAACGACGGUGGAUGCGAAAUCCACGUCCUGCCUGGCGAGGGCCACGGCUUGAUGGCUCAUCCUGGAGUCAUGUCUGACAUCCUGUCAGACAUUGCUAGCGAAUGGAGCCCGACACGCUGGCUGAUGCUAUGAAGACUUGAACAUAUGUUUGGUUGUCAUGUGAGGCAUGACGACGAGAACCGGUCAAGUCAGUCAUCUCCGAACCAUGCCAUUUUCCUUUCUUUUCUUUUCUUUUCUUUUAUAUGGACCUCUCUUGUUUGAUUGAACAGUUCAGAUACCCUCUUUCUUAUGUCCCAGAUAUUCAUACCCAACUUUUUCGGAUGUAGUGUAAAGUCAACUCCUACUCGAGUAGACAAUAAAUUUCUAUUCUUCUCGUAUUAACACAAGUGAAUGACGGCAGUGG